UGUUGCGAAAACGGCUAUCGCUAUAUAUAUUGCGUCAGACGACGUAUUUCUUGACAGAACUUCAAGAGCCUCCAUUGAAAAUGGAUCUCAAGACAUUGCUGUUUGUUCUUCUGUUUGUUUUCACUGACGUAUUUCACUGUGAAGACCAGAGUAAGACACGAGUUUAUCGACGCAAGCGGCUCAUUUUUGGUUCCAGGAAAAGCUACAAGGCGUGGCGAGGGGGAGUCAUACCUUACUGUUUUGACCCUGCUCUAUCCGCACACCUGGUUCCAAUGUACAAUGCUUCCGUGGCUGCCUUCGAAAGACACACGUGCAUCACGUUUAGGUACCACGCCAACUGUGCCACGAUUAAGGGCGGAGGAAUCAAGCUGACUCGCGGUAACUCGCCAUCUGCACUCGUGGGUAAAAAUUGGAGUUUGAAAUCAGUCAAACUUUCUAUAAGAUACAACUUGGCCUGCCAUGAACUCUUUCACGUGAUCGGAGGUUUUCACGAGCAAAACAACUACAAAUCGAUCGCCAUUGCCCCGCAGAUGUACGACAACAUCCAGCCAAGAUACCAGUCACAAUGGAGACCAUCGUAUUCGGAGAAGAACGACAUUUCUGACAGAAUUAUUCACACGAUCAAUUUCGACCUGAGCUCCCCAGCGCUGUAUUCACGCUAUGGUCCAUCUAAAAGUGGUUUUCCUGUCUAUGACGUGAUGUACCCCGAUCAGUUCUACAACGACUUGAAACGAGUCUUCCUGGACCAGAUAUCUGAAGAAAUAAACCAGUUCUACAAGUGCUGGGAUUUGAAGUCUUGUGGGACGAAGCCCAUAUGUGACAACGAAGGGUACCCAGGCUACUACAACAGACAGUGUGGGUGUGUGUGUCCCAGAGGACUCGAGUCUUCGUCCAACUGUGCCGCCAUCAAAACUAAACCUUCUGGUUCGUGGCCCGACACCGACAUAAAGUUGUUGAAGACGACGUCGGGCUGUCCAGCUGGAUUAACAGAGUCCACUGCUGUCGUGACCGGCGUCACUGCCAUGACGACGUCAUCAGACUACAACCUAGCGACGGCGUUGUCUGGCGACACGUUGACUGUGUACCUCUGCAGCAAGCCGUCUGCUGGAAACACGGAGGUGUGGGACCACGGCAUGAACGGCUUUCUGGCGGGAAACAACCAGUGUCCGUCUGAACUUCGAAGUGGAGAAAUCAAGUUUUCUUCCUCAAAUGGUUCGACUGUUGGCUCUCUGAAGUUCUGUGUUCAGCAAGGGCUAGUCGAGGAACCGCUGAUGGGACUUCCAACAACAGACGAGUUCGCCGUUUUCUCCCAAGAUAACACCUGCCAGGAAAUAGACGGUUUUGUCGCCCAGAGACAAUGGUUGAUGAUAAAACACCCACACGUCACAGUGUCAGGUCCGGUUCCAAAGUACAGGAAUGCAAAACACAAUGACAUCUUCGACCUGACUCUCCGCUACUGCGUGUACACACCCCUCACCUACAAUUGUGGCGGUGUUUUCAAGCUGAACUCUACACAUCGAUCUGUUGUGAUAAACUCACCUAACUUCCCUUCAACAUAUCCACAGAACACGGAAUGUAACUGGUUCAUAGAGGUAGAAGAAGGCGCCAGAAUCAAAGCUGAAUUUUCAAUGUUUGACGUGAAUAACGCCGACUCAUUCACUUAUCGACGAUAUAUUCUCAAAUCUGUUCCGACCAAGCUAUUGAAAAGAAACGUUUUGCCUCAAAACCUCGUGUCGGUGUUCAAUCACAUGGCGCUACACUUCCGGACCGGAUCGGUGGGAUCUGGAGGGACUGGUUUCCAAAUAAAUGUUACGCGUCUUGGAGCUGAGGACUACUGCUACAGUUUGAGUGACAAGGGCGAGAGCUAUGACGGUGACUGGAAUUAUGCCGAGGAUGGUACAAAAUGUCUGCCAUGGGACUUGCGCUUUGACAACAGUGUCACAAUCAGUGGAUACACAGACUACGAAGGGAGUGUCAACACGUUUUUGACGGGCUCAGCGUGUAGAAACCCGCAAGGCCGACUGCACAAACCAGCGUGUUUGACGUACGCCAAGGGAGGCAACUACUCCAUGCGAUACUGCGAUGUAUGUCACAAUGAGUAUGGAACACAAGACAAAUACAACGACUGCGACACAGCUGUAUCCAUCGACCCCUCAAUCUGCACGGGUGUCACAGCUGGGAAAUGUCUGUAUACUUGCGAAACUCGUGGACUUAUUCCAACAAUAACUCACCCACCGAAAGUUGGUGACGUCACCUGCUCCAGUCCGUCGAUUCCGCCAGACGCCACAUUGAUUCCUGGAACAUCAAAGAGCGUCUAUCACCCGGGUGACAAGAUACAGCUCAAUUGUACAACACCCAGUAAACAGGUCACCCUGACCUGCUUAUCCUCUGGCAACUGGUCAGAGUGGAACGAACCCUGUAAAGGUUGUCCUGCAGGCUGGGCUGAGUAUUCGGGCCAGUGCUGGAAAGUAACCGGACGGCUUGAGAAAUAUCUAAAAGCCCUAAAGUACUGCAGAUACUACUAUCAAGCUUCACCGAUGACGCUAAAAACGAAUGCGGAGCACGACUUCUUCCUAGAAUGGAAAAAACAUCUGGGAGCGAACAAGGAAUGGUGGAUGUAUGCAAGUUAUUUCUUCAACAAAUGGCGCUGGAAUGGCGACGGUUCUCUCAUGUCGGAAGAUGAAACGGCUAGUUCGUUUGGCUGGCAAAAAAAUCCGCGGUGGGGCAGAAGGUGUGUUAUCCACAAUAUUUGGAAGAAAUGGGGCGGUGGGAAAUGUACCAAAUUGGCCAACUUUAUUUGUCAAAAACCACUGGAAGGACGUCCAUUGACGUGUACAGAUCGCAAAGAGAAAUGUGCCACUCUACUGAGAGACAACCCUCUGGCCUGUAUAGACCCUGUGGUGAAGACCAACGUGUGUGCCUACACGUGUGGCGCUGAGGUCUGCAAGACAUCAGGCAACGAAUGCUCCAAUUUGCCAACUCCUGAACACGCAGCUAUGGUAGAGGUGAAGACUUCCUUGGGUCCUGGAGAAUUCGUCCAGUACACGUGUGACCCGGGAUACGACCUUCAGAGUGGAUCCCUGACCAGGGCGUGUCUCAGAAAUGGCCAACUCUCCGGGAAUCCGCCUGUGUGCGUGGUUUCUGGUAACGCUGUGACGUCAGUGAAUGAUUUUCCCAUGGGGAUGUUCAUCUCUACCACACGUGAAGGAUAUGCGUAUACAGGGGAAUCGCAACAGUUUAAGAUCGCUCGCAGUGGCUACAUCUACUCGUGGCAGGUGUACUGCGCCAACAACGGCGAGGUCUAUAUGCAGGUGUGGAGAAAACAGUCAGAAAUGAAGUAUCAACUGAUUGGGCAGACAAUAGUGCAGUGUUUCACUGGAAUCUCAAGGGACAUAACUCUUAACAGCAGAGAAAGAAUUCCAGUUCAGAGUGGUGACGAGAUUGGUUUCUUUGACAGCACUGGGGGUGUUGUAACUUACUAUCCAUGCAACCCAAGAUGGAUGCCAGAGUUUGCCAAAGUUCAUAUAUUCCCAGCUUCGCCCAGUCAAAUGAGAGUUUCAGCUCAGGUGACCUUUCUGAAUAAUUACUGCCAGAUGUUUGCAGUGAAUGCUAAAAUAGGACCUUGAGCAACAAUUCAGCCUGACCCUGCCCUUCACUGAUGACGAAAACCAAAACGACAGACGGAAUCACUAACGUGUUGAAAUUAAUCACAAAUGUGUAUUUUGUUUUGUAUUAUGGUGACAAACACUCACUCUUGAGUCUUGAACUAAUAAAAUCAUUCUUCACUG